ACAGUAUUUAGUAUUUACGCAGUAGCACUAAUCUAAAUUUUUCUUAGUUUCUUACAUGAAAUAUACUUGAAUAACGCUUGGACAGGUAACUCUAAAUUUGAGACGCCUACACCUUGGCGCAAAUUCUUUACAAACCAGACUUCAAAAAAUUAGAAUCAAUACUAAUUGUAUUGGUUUUCUGGGUUUUAAAAUCAGAUGUUGCACAAAAAAGAUGAACACUAUCAAACUAUCAACCCCUUACAUUCGUCCAAUCCCAUCAAUGGUGCUCAAUGCCCUUCAAUGGACCCAAUGUAACCCAUCAUUCUCACCCAAAAACCCAUCUUUUUUAGCUACUAAUCUCAUCAAAUCAUACUUUGACAAGGGUUUAAUCAAGGAUGCACGCAAACUGUUCGACGAAAUGCCUGAAAGAGAUGUUGUUGCUUGGACAACCAUGAUAGCUGGUUAUACAUCCUGUAACUAUGACUCGUUAGCUUGGACUGUGUUUAAUGAGAUGUUGAAGGAAGGGGUUAAGCCGAACGCCUUUACCGUCUCUAGUGUGUUAAAGUGUUGUAAAGGGAUGAAGUGUUAUUCUUGUGGGACUUUAGUUCAUGGACUUGCUAUUAAGCAUGGUUUGGUGGGUUCUAUUUAUGUUGAUAAUUCUUUGAUGGAUGUUUAUGCUACAUGCUGUAAUACUAUGAAUGAAGCUUGCAUGGUUUUUCGCGAUGUCUAUCCGAAAAAUGGUGUUUCAUGGACAACUUUGAUUGCAGGAUACACUCAUCGAGGUGAUGGAUAUGGUGGAUUAAGAGCUUUUCAGCAGAUGUUAUCUGAGGGAGCUGAGCAAAGCGCCUUUAGUUUCUCAAUUGCUGUUAAAGCUUGUGCUUUAACUAGAGCAAGUUCCCACGGUGUGCAAUUACAUGCUACACUUGUUAAAUAUGGACUUAAUUCUAGUCUCCCUGUCAUGAAUUCCAUUAUAGACAUGUAUUGUUGGUGUCAGUGUCUAUCUGAAGCUAGUCAAUGCUUCAUUGAGAUGUCUCAAAAGGAUUUAAUCACUUGGAACACUUUGAUUGCUGGCUACAAAAGAUCAAAUUCCACCAAGUGUCUCUCUGUAUUUACCUUAAUGGAGUCACAAGGUUUUGCUCCCAAUUGCUUCACAUUCACUAGUGUAGUAGCAGCUUGUGCUGAUUUAUCACUUUUGAAUUGUGGGCAGCAAAUUCAUGCGAAUAUUCUUCGAAGAGGCCUUGAUAGGAAUAUGGCACUUGCGAAUUCCCUCAUAGACAUGUAUGCAAAAUGUGGAAGCAUUAGUGACUCUAGGAAAAUAUUUGAUUUCCAGUCCUUAAAAGAUUUGGUCUCUUGGACUUCUAUGAUGAUUGCUUACGGAGUGCAUGGUUAUGGAGAGGAAGCUGUCAAGUUGUUCAAUGAAAUGAUCAGAUCGGGCAUACGGCCUGACAGAGUCGCGUUCAUGGCAGUAUUAAGUGCUUGCAGCCAUGCUGGCCUUGUAAUUGAAGGUCUUAGGUGUUUUAACUCUAUGGUGACAGAGUAUAAUAUGGUUCCAGAUCAGGAUAUAUACGGAUGUGUGGUGGAUUUACUGGGGCGUGCUGGGAAAGUUGAAGCAGCUUAUGAACUGAUUAAAAAUAUGCCAGUAGAUCCUGACGACUCAGUUUGGGGGGCACUCCUUGGAUCUUGUAAGGCACAUAAGCUUCCAAAUUUGGGCAAGUUGGCUGCCCAAUUCAUGUUAGAGGCAAGGCCGGACAUGGCUAGGACUUUCCUGAUGUUAUCAAAUUUGUAUGCAUCAGAAGGGGAAUGGAAAGAUUUUGCGAAAAUGAGGAAAUUAAUGAAAGGAUUAGGAGGCAGGAAAGAGCCUGGUUGCAGUUGGAUUGAAUUAAAUAGUGAUGUCUACAGCUUUGCGGUUGGGGAUAAGUUAGGACAUCAAACUGAGAUGGUCUAUGAGGUUUUGAGCAUGAUGAUUCUGCAUAUGGAAGCAGUUGGCUAUGUUCCUGAUCUAAACUAUUCUUUACAUGACCUAGAAGUUGGGACAUAGUGAAGAGCAUAUUUCUAUCACAUUUUCAGUAACUGACAGUCUUUUAGAUAAAGGUUCAUAGGGUACUUGACUUGAUGAAGCUUGGGCGAAUCGGAUAAGAGAAUGCUCAACAUUCAUUAAGCUUCGUUCUUAGCAACUUUUCUUGCUGGCAUCAAUUAUAUAUCCUUUCUGUUGGUUGGCUUCACCGGUAUAUGGUGGAUGCUCUGGCAAUCUCAUUUCUGGCUGCCAAAUCAUAAUUUCACAAGUCAAGCAGUUAAGAUGUCAGCUGGUGCAUCAGUUAAUACAAACAGGAAGCUUAUACUUGUAUAUGGAUUUCAUCUUUAUUGUGGGAGAAAAGAUUGGUAAUCUCAUAGCAAAUAGUCUUGGAAUGACUGGCGGAAUAGAGAAUUAUAGAAAUUUUGAACGAGGAAGCAUAAAACCCAAGUCACAAGUCAGUUGCGAGGACUUUUCAACUGAAAGUGAAGAUUUUUGUUUCUAACCAAAUAUUUUAGACCUGAAACAAAGAAAUACAGAAAAGUAUACUAGGUUACAUUCUUUAUUCUUGUGUAACAUUAUGUGCCUGAUUGAGGUUUCUGUUAUUCAACUACUUGUAUUUGCUAAUGCAAAUCAGUUUGAUUUAAUCCUCAAA